UUUCAUCCUAUUGCGAGACUACAAUAUACUUGUGUGAAGUAACAGUAAGUGUUUUGAAAUGUUCCUCCAGUGUCACAGCACAAUGCAGGAAAGGUGUGGUUAACAGGUGCAUUAUUAGAACAUGUAACCUUCGUGUGAUGCUAUUCACAUGCAGUUUUAAGAGAAGGUGACCAGACGCUCCUAAGACUCCUCAAAGAAAAUACACACAGAAGAUACAGGUCAUGAGCAAAUAACUAUCACAAAACAAAGCUGCAUCAGUGGAAUAAAAAUGACAAACCUGCCUUCGCAAUUUCAUGUUGAAUAACCAGAAAAUCCAUGAUGGCAUUACAUAGGAAAGUUUCAUUUUGUUCCAUUAAGACAUUUAUUUUGCUUUUAAUAUACUUAAUUGUUUCUUGCAGUGCUCUUAUUGUAUAUCUAGUUUACCACCAAGCACAUUCCACAUAUUUCACAGAAACAGUGGAUAAGAAAGAUAUUUUUUCUGGCAAUGAUGACAUGACUGAAAUUACUCAAACUUCAUUUGAAUGGAUUAGAAAGACUCUUCUUAGAAUUCCUAGCACCGUGUCAUCACCUGCUGAAGGGUAUUUAAGCAUCAAUUUCUAUCAGUAUGUUAUUAAUGAACCAAACAAAUGUAAGACUGUCAGUCCUUUCUUAGUCCUGAUAAUUGCAUCAAGUGCAGUAGACACUGAAAAGCGACAAGCCAUAAGACAAUCAUGGGGAAAUGAGUCCCUAAGAGACGGAAUUCCUAUUGUCCGUCUAUUCAUGUUAGGCAUUGAUAGAACGGUGGAACACAAUGUCAUUUUGCAGGAAAGUGAGCAAUACCAUGAUAUCAUCCAGAAAAACUUCCAGGAUACAUAUAAAAACUUGACUAUUAAAACCAUAAUGGGCAUUGACUGGGUCUCUGUCUAUUGCCCAGGAGCAAAAUAUGUAAUGAAGACAGAUUGCGAUAUGUUUGUCAACACUGAGCAUUUGCUGGACUUCUUAGAACCAAAUGCACCUAUCAAGCAAAACUAUUUUACUGGCUUUUUGCUAGAGAAUCACCAGCCACACAGAAAUAAGGAUAGUAAAUGGCACAUGCCACAUUCCCUCUACCCCUAUGAUGUCUACCCCACCUUUUGCUCAGGAACAGGCUAUGUGUUUUCUGGGGAUGUUGCACCAAGGAUUUUGAGGGCCUCUUUUAAUGUAAAAUAUGUUUACCUUGAAGAUGUGUUUGUGGGAAUCUGUCUUGACAAAGAAGGCAUACAAAUAACUCCACCUGUUGAUAGCUUUCUGUUUAAUAAUUAUAGAGUUCAGUUUAUUCCAUGUUUGUAUAAUAGGCUUAUUACUUCUCAUGAAAUAGGUCCAACGGAACUUAUUUCUUUCUGGAAACUUGUGCAGGAACAAAAAGAGACUUGUAAAAAACAAUUGGCGAAUUGAUCUAGGUAAUAACUUCCUUCAGUUUAAAUCAUUUGUACCAUUCAUUUGAUAAUGUGAUAAUAAUUAUGCUAGGCACUGCAUCAGUGCGGUAGGGUAUUGGUAAGAAAAAUGUGCAGAUGUACUAUAUCUAGCUUCAUUUUGCAUUACAUUGGAUUUGCAUGAAAUAAAUUGUAUAAAGUAACAAUAUAUUAUGGCUGUCAGAAUUGUUUAAUGCACACAUUGAAUAUGCAUGAGCCCAGGCAGAUACUAGCCUUUAAAUCUAAAUGUAUUUAAAACAAAUCAGUACAAAGGAUAUUAUUUACAGUUAUUGUGAUGUUUCCAUUGUGCUGAUGGCUCCUACUUUAGUUGAAGUCUUCCUCCUCAAUUGCCCUUAACCCCAGCUGCUGUAAUCUUCCAAUGCGCCAGGAGUUAACAGAGAUGACCAACCUACACACUCAUCAAGAGUUCCGUCUAUACGUGUCAUUUCAGCUCCUUCUCAAUUCAUAGAAGCUGUACUAUAGUUUUAAUGAAUGAAAUGGAAUAUAAAUAGUGGAGGCUGACCUUCCUUUUAUAUGCCUGUCCUUCAUUCAUAUAUCAUUUUUCAUUUAUAGAAGCUAUAAUACAGCUUCUAUGACUGGAGGAGGGGAUCUGAAAGGGCAAACUUAGUUGGCACUUGAUGAGUGCAUAUGAUAGAUCCCUCUCCACUCCGGAAGAUCUCAAUAGGGGUAGGAGGGAAGAUUGGAGAUGAAAGAUCAGGAGCCAGCAGCACAAGAAACAGCUCACACUGACUGUAAGGACUGUCCCUUGUGCUAAUUUAAAAAACAAAAUAAAAAUUUAAUUCAGAAAAUCAACUGAAUUUGCAUACACACUAUACAAAUUGUGGUCAGUUUCUAACUGCCCGAAAUUCGCUACUUGGGUGGUCCUGCUGGUCACCUCCCGCCCAGCAUCUAUUGAUUGCAAGGGCUGAAUGAAAAUAUCCUAUGGGGUUAAUUUACUAAAACUGAAGAGUGCAAACUCAGGUGCAGCUAUCACUAUCUGCUAUAUUAACAGUUCUGUGAGUGUCUCUGCUGUAGGAGAGCAGGAAAGUAGCCAUAGACAUGUCUUUCCUCUGUAGCUCUAGGACCCACCUCUGUUGGAAAGAAAGGAAAUAGUGGAAAUGGGGAAUUGAGGUAUACUGAGUAUACAUUCUGAAGCUAGCAAGGCUGAACUCAACAGCAGGGCAAAUGCAUAUGUAUAAUAGAUAUAGUGAAUGACUUUGUAGACCAUAUUCAGUAAAAACAAUCACAUCUAUUCCUGUAAAAGAGACAUUUUCACUGUAUUGCCAGUACUCACCAGAAUACAUACUAUUCCCGGUUUACCCAACUACCUACAUUUGGUCAAUAUGUGUCUCGUAGAAGAGACAUAUUUUGCAUUAGCCAAGAUAAUGCAUUGAAAAGGCGAUGUUGUUUUGUAAAACCAGAAAUAUUUAUUUGAAAUGUCCUCUGGUGUUGUCCACUGAUAGGAAAAUCUAGGCAUGUAAAUUGUUGCAUUAUACUACUUGUAAUCACUCUCUAAUAAAAGUCAUGGAUAGGAAAACCA